AUGGCUUUGCCGCUUUCGGUAAAGCAGAUUGAAAUCGUAAAGUCAACUGCACCUAUACUCAAAGGGCACGGAAGGGUAAUUACAGACGUCUUCUACACAAACUUGCUGGCCGCCCAUCCCGAACUAAAGAAUUACUUCUCUCUACGCAAUCAACAGACUGGGGCACAACAACAAGCUUUAGCUAAUGCUGUGUUCGCAUACGCGGCUCAUAUCGACGAUCUGGGGAAACUAAAUCAGGCUGUUGAGAGAAUAGCGCAAAAACAUGCCUCGCUUUUCAUCAAGCCUGAGCACUAUCCUAUUGUAGGAAAGUUCCUCGUGCAGGCGUUUAUUGAAGUCCUCGGUGGCGCCGUAACGGAUGAGAUCAAAGAUGCUUGGAUUGCAGCCUACCAGCAGCUAGCCAAUAUCUUUAUCCAGCGCGAAGAGCAGCUUUACAAUGAAUACGGUGAACAGUGGCAGUCGUGGCGUAAGUUUGGAAUCGCGGGCAAAACGCACGACUCUGAGGACGUCUUCAACCUGCAUCUGAAGCCAGCUGACGGGCUGCCCUUGACCAAGUUCCUUCCAGGACAAUACAUUUCGCUUCAAAUCCCGGUUCCUAGCGUCGAUAGCCUUUUGCAGAGUAGGCAAUUUAGCAUCAGCUCUGCGCCUGUUGACUCUCAUAACCAGCUUCGGAUCACUGUCAAACGGGGGAGCACAAUUGCGAAUGCCAGCACAGAGGAUAUUUCCAUAGGCAAAGUACCUGGGCUUAUAUCCAACAUUCUUUACGACAAGUAUCAAGUCGACGACACGGUAGAACUCAGCCCGCCUCGUGGCUUAUUCUUCUUCGACAAUGAUGCUGCGAGCGCUGAGACACCCGUCGUGCUACUCAGUCUCGGUGUUGGUGCCACGCCAGUAGUAGCGAUUUUAGACUCAAUAUUGAAGUCAGAUAAUCCGUCGCGGGCCGUAUCAUACAUCCAUGGCGCGCGACACGCUGGAGCCGUAUGUUUCGGGAAACACAUUCGCUCAAUUGCGAAGGACCACCCCACUGUGACCUCGAUUUUGUUCAUCAAGAACGUGAAGGAGGGUGAUGAGUACAGCUUUGCAGGGCGGAUGAAUUUGGAAACUCUUGAUCGAAGUACCCACUUGCGUCUGGACAAAGAGAACACGAAAUACUUCAUCUGUGGCCCGCCGGAGUGGAUGGUCCAAACAAGGGACUGGCUGGCUGCGCAAGGUGUGAAGCUUGAGAGGGUUUCUUUGGAGCUUUUCGGAACUGGUGGUAUAUGA